ACACGGCGGAGAGCACCGACAAUGGCAACUCCCAUCGACCAAAAGUUCCACAACGAACAAACUUGCAUCAAAUCCACUGCUGACACCACCUGCUGUAACAAUCUCAACCUCUCCCUCCGUCUUCCCUGCAUGCACCCACCUCUUCUUCACGACCUUAACACCAGACUCCCCUCCAGCAGCUUUAUUCGCAUACUCGGGCAGCGCGUCGUAGAACAUGUGAUGCGUCGUGACAGUUCGGCCUCUCAAUACGUCUGCUGCGGCAAGUAUAAGACUUCCUGUACACACGCUCUGGAGGAACCUGCGUCCGGUCUCCUUGCGCGGAGGAAGCUCCGAGAACUUCUUGAUCAGCUGCUUGAUCUGCGUGCCGCCCUCACUGGCUAGGAGCUCGUCGAUAAAUUCAGGACCCGAGCCUGGAAUCACCAAGAUGUCGAAUUCGGAAAGGCGGUCGAAGACUGAAGAGACGGUUUCAUCCGGGAUGUACUUCAGCAUUUCGCUGUGAGAUUGGACCGGGUUUGUGAGGGCAAACGUUGUUGUCUUGAAUUUCCUCUCUGCGCCUAGCGGUUGCCCGCUUGUAUAUAUUUCUAGGGGCCCGGUGAAGUCGAUGGGGUCGGCGCCCGCAUAGAUGAGAACUGCCACGUUGAAUUGAGGAGCCAUUUUGAUGGUGGAAAUAAAUUCUAUGGAUUCGAAGUAUUGCAGAAGUAGCUU